AGUAAUCGUUGAUUUGAGAAAGAGAUAAGAAACAGUUGGGAAAGAUGCUGCGUCCCAACGGAGUCGAAACGACGAGGAUCCUCCUCUUCGUGCUCGUCCUGGGUGUGGCGUUGUUCCAAUCGGCGCUAGGCCACGUCGCCCUGACUUUUCCUCGGGCGAGGAAGUACGACCUCGACUUCCUGGACAACGCCAGGACACCAGGACCCUGCGGAAUGCCAAAAGGUGACAUCAGAACCUCGUUUCUCAGUGGCAGCAGCUUCAACGUCACCUGGCAUCUCGCGUAUCCACACAGGGGGGGCUUCAGGCUGCAGAUUUUAGACGCCCUCGACAGACCGCUCGUCGAUCUCACCCCGGUCACCCAGAUCAGCGAAUUCGUCGAGGAUGAUGCCACGGCCCAAUCAUUCCCGGUAAGCUUGCCUCAGAACUUCACGUGCAGGGAUUGCACCAUCAGACUUCUACGGGAGGCCGAAGAAUGGGGAUCAGCGUACAGGUUCUGGUCCUGCGCCGACAUCGACAUUUUGGAGAAGAAAGAGUACAGAGAAGACUGCAGUAAGCACGGUACAUACCUCGUGGGAAAAUGCAGAUGCGACAGAUUCUACCGAGGACCCAGGUGCCAAAUCAAAGAGGAGUGCCUCGACGACUCGGACUGCGGAUCGCAGGGGGUCUGCGUCGACAACAAGGGGACGACAUCCCCGACCAAACAUUGCUAUUGCAACAUCGGCUGGUUUGGUCCUGGAUGCAACAAAAAAUCACCGAUCAAGAGCACGGAGAUAAACUUCGACGCGUACACCAUGAAGAACUUAUCCAACAACUUCAAGCUCUACUGGCGGAUCCUUAAGGACAUUAACGAGCUCGAGGCUGUGAUGGUGGUCAACGGCACUUCGUGGGUUGGUCUUGGAUGGCGACCGAAGAGCCUGAACCCGAACUGCAAGGCUUUUCCCGAACUAUCAGAUCCACCUGGUGAACCGCUACCGAAACCGGAACCAAAAUCAGAACCAGAACCAGCACCCGAAGGCGUUGCAGAGCCGACGAGUGGCUCUGGUAAAGCCGAGCCUGAGCCGCACGCAGAGUCGAAAGCCGAACCGAUUUCCGAACCGAAAUCGGAGCCCGUCUCGAGUGCCGAACCAUCCCCUGAACCAGGGGCUGAACCGACGCCGGAACCGGAAGCCGAGCCCUCAAAGUCUGGGGCGAAACGGAGAUCACCAAAGGCUUACGGAGCUGCACCACCUGAUUCCGAUGUCACAGUUCGCACCAGCGUCACUUACCAAGUGAGCAGUAAGCAAGGACGUAAGAAGCGAGCGAUUGGAGCUGCGGAGACGGAACCGACGACUGGGAAGCCCAGCGGCGAGCCUACUUACACCACUGCUGAACCUCAACCAAAUACGUCCAAUCCUGAACCAACCUCCAUCACAGAAUCAUACCGUCCCGAAGCCGAUUCAAUAACCCACGAUUCAUUUACUGGGAUCACAACCGUGAACGAACCUCACUUUGAAACCAAUCGUGAACCAAAAUCUGAACCCGUCUCUGAAUCAGUUUCCGAACCCACGUCCGAACCGAAAUCUGAACCUACUUCUGAACCUCAAUCUGAACCUACCGCUGAACCGAUAUCGGAACCCGUCUCUGAACCCACAUCGGAACCGGUUUCGGAACCGAAAUCCGAACCCGUAUCUGAACCCAAGUCGGAACCCGUUUCUGAACCCAAAUCUGAACCCAUCUCUGAACCCAAAUCGGAACCGGUUUCUGAACCCAAAUCGGAACCGGUUUCGGAGCCGAAAUCCGAACCCGUCUCUGAACCUACAUCUGAACCGAUUUCGGAACCUUCUGCGGAACCCGAAUCCGAACCCAUUUCUGAACCAGUUUCCGAGCCCAAUGCUGAACCCAAAUCCGAACCUAAUGCGAAACUGAAAUCAGAGCCGAUCUCAGAACCCACGACAGAACCUAGAUCAGAACCGGUUUCUGAGCCGAGCGCUGAACCAAAAUCCGAACCUCAUCCCGAACCCGUAACCGAACCGCAUCCUGAGCCGAAAUCCGAGCCUAAUUUCAACACAGAAGCUCUGGAACCAAAGGAGAAGUCGGGAGCGACAAAAGCUCCAACACCACUGGCGAUCCAUAAAUACACUCCUAAGCACGAUUUCAAUCCGAUGGACUGUACGGACAUCGUGAUCGGUAGCGCGGUGGGCAUGACGCACCGAAUCGGAGAUUAUUAUACCAGAGAUCGAUCGACGCCACGUCCGGACGCGUUCUGGGGUGGCCAGGACGACCUCACAGCGGCAAUGGGCUUCGAGAAGGAUGGCGUGACCACAAUAGUCUUCAGGAAGAAACUCAACGAUACCGGAAUCGCGGACCACGAGAUAGUCGACUCGGCGAUGCACGUGAUCUGGGCCAAGGGUCAGGAGCCAGGAAGCUACGUCCACGACCCCCCUAGCGGUGUGGAAAAGAGCAAAGUGUCCGUGAAGGACUUCUACAAGUCGGACGAGCUCAAGUACCACGGCCAUAGCUCGCAGCGAGGCGUCGCAAGCAUAAACUUCCUCGAGGAGAACAAGACCGAGUCCGGUGGUCACGCGCCACUCGAAGGUGGAGGCUGCGGCGGGGAAUGGCGUUAUCCGCGACAUUGUUCCUUGAAGAACGGUACGUGCGAGUACGCCGCACGAUGGGUCUACAAGGCCAAAAAGGACGUGCUGGCCUUCACCAUCGUUACUUCUCACACCGACAAGUGGACGGGCAUAGGAUUGUCCGAUGACGAAAAAAUGUCGCAAACCGACGCGAUAAUAGGAUGGGUCGACAAGCUGACUGGUCAGCCGUUCGUCAUGGACACCUGGAUCAGUGGGUAUAAUUCCCCGCUUUUGGACGAGUCUCAGGACAUUCUUGAGCGGUUUGGAAAAAUCGAGGACGGCUUUACGACCCUCAAUUUCACGAGGAAACGGGCGACGAGGGAUUCCAAGGAUAUUUCAAUCACGGAUGAACACUGCGUCUACAUGAUGUUUCCCGUCAAAGGAGGCAUCUUCAACGCCGUUAACAAAAAGCUCAAGAAACACGAGACGGUACCGAUGAUAUCGAGCGAUAGAAUAUGCGUCAGGUCCUGCGGCGACGAGUUUGACGAGGACGCACCAACCACUCCCGGUCCUCCCAGGCUCGUCUACGACUUUGAAGUGAAGCUUUUGGACCUGGGGGAUGGGUUCCAGGCGCCGGAUCCCAACACUCCAGAGUUCGAAACGAUAUCAAACACGAUUUCAGACAGCUUUAGGCCGGCGCUGAGCAAGGUUCCUGGCUUCUAUGAGGUUAAAUUGAACCAGCUCGAGAGAUCUGACGGAGAGUCGAUAGUUGCCAAGAUGAACCUAAUCGUCGACAAAAACGAGGAAAAGGGUCGGGCGUUGAGGCCCGAAGACACGGAAGCGAUGGCCAGAGGAGCCCUGAACGAAACACUGGUCACUGGACGCGUUGGGACCCUUCGGGUAGACCCACAAUAUCUGGUCUUCAAAGCGCCCCAAGUCACCGACAUUUCCGAUGAGGACGAGGCCUCGUUGCCUGAUACAACGGGACUUCUACUGGGUUCGACAAAAAUGUUCGUUGUCGUGGGCUGCGUAGCUGCUCUUGUAGCACUGGCGCUUCUCCAGGCGACUUGCACCCUUUAUCGUUCAAGGAAACGAACAUCCAAGGAUCAGCUGAUAACCACGAACAACGCGUGGAAGGAUUACAACUCUGGGGCUAAUACGAAUUUCGCUUUCGAGGCCUUCGAGACCGAGGAGAAAGCUCCUCCGCCCGUCUCGAGCCUCCCGAGGCCCCGGGAAACCGCCAUGGAACCCGACGGCGUCAGGCCCACACAGCAGAUCACCGGGCCCCGCGCAACGUACAGCCUCCCGAGGGCCCCAGGGCCCCGACAACCCCCGCCCCCACAGCCUGGUUACUACACCCAGGAUCGUAGGAACCAACGGUACAAGGGGCCCAAUGGCUCGGGCCCCCAACAACCAGACUUUUACUUUAUGCCGAGCCAACGAAAGUACAGCGGUGAAGUGGUUCGCGUUUACGUUGACUAUGGCAAUCAGCCGAAGUAAUUAAAGUGGUGUUCGACCUUUCGAAGCUCCAGUACUAAUCUAAUUUAUCAAUUUAAUGUUGUUUAGUGUGUAAUUUUAGCUGUUAUACCGCGAACCGAGCUCGAUAACGAUUAAUUCGAACCGCUUGGACUUGCACAAAAUGAUUUGUUUUCGUUACUAUAUUUUUUUUUCUCUCUUU